AAAAUAAGCCGUGAUCGUGCUUACCGUAAUACGUGGCGCUCGCGCGCCAUAGAAAAAGGUUGGACCGUUUGUUCGAAGCGGGGCUGGUUUGACCGCAGCGCCGCGGCCUCGGUGUCGCCUGAACUGAAUGUCCGCCUCGGCAGGUCUGAUUUCCGGGAAGAACGCUUUACAAUGGACCGAUUUGCUACGGUGGAGCAUUAUAAGGCAGCCAUGGUGCUGAGUGGUGCUGGCGAUGCUCUGGGCUACAGGAACCAGCUCUGGGAGUAUAACGAGUCCGGACCAGCAAUUCACCAGGAGCUGCAGGAGCUCGGCGGUUUGAAGAACAUCAAGGUGGAGCUUCCUGAUUGGCCGGUGAGCGACGACACCGUUCUACACCUGGCAACAGCUGAAGGACUGGCAACAGGGAAAACGGGGGAGGAGCUCCUGCAUGAGGUGGCUGGUCGGUAUGUGGAGGCGAUGAAGGACAUGGACGGGAGGAAACCCGGCCCUUCCAGCAUUCUGGGCGUUUCCCAGCUGAAGCCAGGGGAAGAAGACGGCUACAGAGUCCCGUACAACCCAGAGGGUACGGGCUGCGGCGCCGCCAUGCGGUCCAUGUGCAUCGGUCUGAAGUACCCGAAGCCCGACCAGCUGUUGUCGCUCGUGGCUGUUGCCGUGGAGACGGGCAGGAUGACCCAUCCGCACCCCACGGGUUUCCUGGGGGCCGUGGCGUCCGCCCUGUUCGCCUCCUACGCCGUCCAGCGGCGGCCGAUGACCACCUGGGGCCUGGGCCUGAUCAACGAGGCCUGCCCCGUGGCGCGGACCAUCGUCCAGGGCCGGGGCUUCGCCGUGGACGAGACGGAGCGCGACUGGGGCUACUUCUGCGACAAGUGGCAGUGGUACCUGGACCUGAGGGGCCUCUCUAACGGAGUGGGCCCUUUGCUCUGGCCCCCGUCCUACGGCCCUGCUGAGCGGGACGAGGCCUAUAAGAGCUUCAGUCUGUCUGGCUGGGCGGGACGCAGCGGCCAUGACGCUCCCAUGAUAGCGCUGGAUGCCUUACUGGGCGCUGGUUCUGACUGGGAGGAGCUGAUGAGCAGAGCUGCUUUCCAUGGAGGCGACAGCGACAGCACAGCGGUGAUCGCGGCCUGUUGUUGGGGUCUCCUUUACGGAACCAACGGGGUCCCUGAAGGCAACUACAGCAACCUGGAGUACCGGGACCGCCUGGAGCGCUGCGCCGAACAGCUCUACUCUCUCUCACACUGAAACAGCAGCAGAAACCGGGCCGACGAACCGGCGAGCUCCCAUCGACCCACAAAGUGUUUUCGUUUUAGCCUGAAGGGAAAAGACUGGCCCAGUGGCGCCGAGUCGUUUUCCUCGUGGGGGACAACAGCCUGGCUGGUGUUUAGAGCGCUCCCCCUGGUGGCCAUUCCUGAGAUGACAGUGGAGGCAAUUACCUCAUUUAGUCUGCCUGAAAUAAAAGUGAUCAAAAAUGCAA